AUGGGAGAUACACCGAACUGGCAGCACAUGUGGGGUGCAAAGAUUAAAACGCCUUGUGAUAUGGAUGACGACAUAUUAGAAGACGUCAUCAGGAAUGUCACGAUGCGGUUGGCCAAGUUUGAUACCGAAGAAUGGGAGAAAAACGGAUUGGCAGUAUGUGAGGACAUCAAGGCUCACCUCGACGAGGCAUGGGGUCCGCACUGGGUUGUUUGUAUCGGUCGCAACUUUGGCUCGUUCGUGACCCAUGUGACACGAAACUUUGUUUUUUUCUACUAUAACGAGAAAGCUGUGAUGAUUUACAAAGCAGGACCCCAACAGUUUAAACGUAACAUGGUAGUGCAUGUCGUCAAGAAGAUGAAGGUGGAACACGAAAUUAUUGGCGACAGCACCUUCGGUGACAGAACCGCCAAUCCACAGGAAUCAAGCGAUAGUGACGAAAACGAAGAGCUGGAGGAUAAAGACUUGACUUCUGCCAUCGCUCAAUUUCAGAGGGAAGACGGUACAAAUGUGGGUCCGCAACUAGAAAUUCCCAUGAACUCCACCAUUCGCCAGAUGGAAGAAUUAGUCAAUAUGUUGCUGCAGAAUGGCAAGGACCGUGUGCCCUACUCGCUCUUCCUUGGCGAGACGGAGGUAACGACCACACUCAAGGCCACAGUGGAAGAGCUGAGAUUGUCGACGGAGACGGCAUUGACCAUUACAUUUCAGCCACUGGCACCGUUUCGUGUGCGUCCAGUCACCCGCUGUAGUGAUACAUUGCAGGGACAUUCGGAAGCUAUUUUGCACGUAAGUUUUAGUCCCGAUGGAAAAAGACUAGCAAGUGGUGGAGGCGAUGCCACUGUACGUUUCUGGGAUACGAACACGUGCAUGCCCAAGUACACGGGUCGUGGACACAGAAAUCACGUCUUGAGUACGGCGUGGUCGCCAGAUGGAUUACGCUUUGCAUCUGCUGACAGAAAUGGUGAAAUUCGUUUGUGGGAUCCGCUGACGGGUAAGCAGGUUGGCCAGUCUAUAAAGGGGCACAAACAAUGGGUGAACUCUUUGACGUGGGAGCCGAUGCAUAGAAAUGCCGCUUGUGAGCACUUUGCAAGUUCCUCGAAAGAUGGAUCAAUAAAAGUGUGGAACGCUCGCACGGGACGAUGCGUUGCUUCAUUAUCUGGCCACACGGACUCAGUAGAGUGCAUCAAAUGGGGAGGUCAAGGCUUGCUUUACAGUGCAUCCCGAGAUCGUACAAUAAAAGUUUGGGCUGUAGAAGGUGAACAUGUGGGCAAGCUCGUUCGUACUUUAGUCGGGCAUGGUCACCGUAUAAACACGCUGGCACUAAAUGUGGACUAUGUUUGCCGUUCGGGUUCGUUUGGUCACGACUUCCAAAGUUUCUUGUCGCGCAAAGAAAUGCAGCAGGCCGCGCUGAAGCGAUACGAAGAGGUCCUUAAGGGUCAGCCAGAGCGUCUGGUUUCUGGCUCAGAUGACUUUACCUUAUUCUUUUGGGAGCCUUCAAAGAGCAAAAAGCCACUGGCGCGUCUCACGGGCCAUCAGCAGCCGGUAAAUCAUUUGAGCUUUUCUCCAGAUGGACGAUACUUUGCAAGCGCCAGUUUUGAUAAAAAGGUUAAGAUUUGGAACGGUCAGACAGGCAAAUUUGUUGCUACUCUUACAGGCCAUGUCGGUGCAGUGUAUCAAGUAUGCUGGUCCAGCGACUCGCGCUUGAUCGUGACGGCCAGCAAAGACUCGACCGUGAAAGUGUGGGAGAUGCGUGACCCUAAGAAUGCCAAAACGACAUUAUCGGGCCACGCAGACGAAGUGUAUGCGCUAGACUGGAGUCCAAAUGGUGAUAUGGUGGCAUCAGGCAGCAAGGAUCAUACCAUCAAGAUCUGGAAACACUAG